UUCAAUAGACAAAAAGUAUUAUGUUUAAAUAAAACAAAUAAAUAAAAAACAACAAAAAACUAACUAAAUUUGCAGUGCCUAACAAAUCCUGUGCUCCCAGUGCUGUGCAGUUCUUUUUUUAUUAAAAAAAAAAGUUUUCAAAUUGUGAAUAUAAUAUUAAUGAAAUAUAAAAACAAUCGCGGCUUUAUUUUGCAAAUACAAUUUAGAACAUUUUUAACUUAGUUUUGUGUAUACAACGGAACGACUUCAGCGACAUCAAAGGACUUUAGGCCUAAGGAUUAAAGAGUUUUUUAUAAUCUUGUGGUUGUGUAACUUAGUUAAACAUCUCUGAGGAAACACAUUGGCAACAUGUUUGGCACCAUUUUGAAAUUGCUAACACUCUGCGCCUUGGCGCAUUCUAUUAACGCCCACACACUAAAGCAGGACCCGCAACGGCAGCAGCUGCCCAUCACACCUGAGCAGAAGUAUUUGAUUGUGCGUGGCGAAUCGUCGGCUAGCUCUGAGGAGCAUUUGCAGUUUAAUGAUGCAGCCACACUGCUGCUGUCAGCUUUCAAGACACAGCAGUUGGAGGCUACCCUUGACUUGGAGGAGUGCAGCGAGCCCAGUCACAAGGCAACCUUCUCAGGCAUUGACUAUAUCAUUCUGCUGUCUAUGCUCGUCGUCUCACUGGGCAUCGGUAUCUUCUAUGGCUUCUUCCAGACGGGCGGCAGCUCCUCUGAUGACUUUCUGCUUGGCUCAGGCAUGAGCUUGCUGCCUGUGACGCUUAGUCUAACUACGAGCUUCAUCACAGCCAUUGAGCUGCUGGGCAAUCCAUCCGAGAUGUACUUCCAGGGCACACAGUUCGUGCUGAUUGUGAUCCCCAUGCUGCUGGUCAUACCCGUGGCUGUCAAGGUAUUCUAUCCAAUUUACUUCAAAAUGGAACUAACCAGCUGCUACGAGUACCUGGGCAUACGCUUUGGCAAGGAGAUACGCAUCCUGGGCGCAGUGCUCUAUGUUAUACAGAUGUGCUUCUAUACGGCUGUGGCUGUCCUGGCUCCAGCUAUAGCUUUGUCCAAGGCAACGGGCUUGGAUACGAAAAUAGCAGUGGUGCUUAUCUAUGUGGUCUGCGUGUUUUACUCGUCGAUGGGCGGCAUCAAAGCGUGUGUCAUAGCUGAUUCCUUUCAAGCUGCUGUUCUGGCCGUCUCUUUAGUGUUGAUCGUUUUCCUGGGCUCCUUCUAUAGCGGUAAUCCUGUGCAAGUUUUUCAGAUAGCAGCUGAACGCAGCCGCUUGGAGUUCUUCAACUUCGAUCCCAGUCCCACAACUCGUCACACCGUCUGGUCCGUGGUCAUUGGCGGAUUUUUCUAUUGGACUUCGCUGUUUUGCACCAAUCAGGCAUCUGUGCAGAAGUGCAUGUCUCUCAAGUCCUUGAAGCUGGCCAAGAUAGCUUUGGGCUUUGCCAUCAUUGGACUGGUUGUCGUCUUCUUGCUCAACUUUUAUACGGGUCUCAUGGUCUUCAGUCACUAUGCAGAUUGUGAUCCAUUGAGUGUCGGACGCAUCACAGCCUCCGAUCAGCUCUUGCCUUACUAUGUGAUAAAUACAUAUGAUCAUGUCUAUACGAUUGCGGGCAUCUUUGUGGCGGGCAUCUUUGCUGCUAGCUUGGGAACUGUUGCAUCCGCAUUGAACUCACUUUCUGCUGUCACCUGCGAGGAUUUGCUGAUCAAUGGCAUGAACAUUAAAAUUUCGCCCGAGAAAGGCGCUACCUAUGCCAAGUGGAUGUCUUUGAUCUAUGGCAUCGGCUCCUUUGGUUUGGUCUUCAUUGUGGAACAUUUGGGCGGUGUGCUGCAGGCCACACUGACGCUGAAUGGACUCAUUGGAGGCGUUACUUUGGGUCUAUUUGUGUUGGGCAUUGCGUGCAAGCAGGCGAAUACGAAGGGCGCCUUCUAUGGUGGGCUCCUCUCAUUGGCACUGGUCAUCUUUGUGGGCGUCGUGGCACAGCUGGGCAACGUGGAGACACCAGCUUUGCCCACCUCCGUGGAGCGUUGCGAUUGCCAUGUGAAUGUGACGGGCAUCAUUGACGAUUUGCUAAGCGAAAGCUUAUUGGUACCGGCGGAGGAGGGGUUUACCUCCUGGUCCAUAUUUCGUCUGAGUUACAUGUGGUUCAGCAUGGUUGGCUGUUUGUUAACGGUCUUUCUUGGCUGGCUGAUAUCGGUUAUCAUUGAUGCAGUGCAACGGCGCAGCGUACGGAAGCUUACGGCCAGGGGCAUUGAUAAUCCCGCCGUUACCGAUGAUGUUUUCAAGUGCGACGAUCCAGUGAUCUUCACCACAGUGAAGUGCAUUGAGCCGACCAACGGCGAGGGUCAUGUCAACUUGGCCAUACGUCUAGACGAUGAAUGCAGUCCGAAAUAGAUACCUUCAAUAUGCAAAAACAGAUUCCUGGUGUAAGCGUAACCUCCAUGUACAAAGCUUUCCUAGUUUGCCUAAACUUAGUCGAAUGAGUGAUUUCUAGUUUGUAAGCAUCCAUCUGUGGCUAACCA